AUGGGCCGACCACGCACUGUGAACCGCGAUCGCUGUCUACCUCCAACACCACCACGAGACCACGACUAUUCUCCCCCCUUAGACCUGGGCGAGCUCGAGUGGCUCAUGUCCCCAACUACUUCUACCUCAGCCUCGACCGCUGAGUCGCCCCUCCUCAUGCCUUUGCCAACAUUUGACCAGCCAUUGUGGGACGCGCUAGGCUUUCCAUUGACCCCGCUCUCGUCUACGCUGGCUUCUACUCUUCCUUCACCUGGCUUUCCCUUUGAGAGCACCUUCCCCGAUUUGCACGCCAUGCCACAUAGCUCUGACCUCAUCGGCGUCGACGCAGAAUCGAACUGCCUCAAUUGUAGCUCUCCGGAGAUCACCCAGCCAAAAGAGGAUGAAGAGGCGAGAUGCUUCUGCAACUCGACCACGCUCAUCGACUCCCUACGCUCGACGCUCCGUUCAAGUGUCGGCGUCGAGGAAGGUCUUCGCUCAGCCUCACGCGCCAGCGCAACAUGUUCCCGCUCCCGAUCCUGCGACGUGUGCGCCAAAGAUCCCUCCACCCCGAUAGCGGCAUUCACGGUGCUGUCGCUUGUAUCCCAGAUCCUGGCCGCGGCGGUGGACGGUGUGCUAAGUGCUGUCGGCGGUGCUGAACUGUUGGGGGAGCAUCCGGACUCAUCGCAGCCUGAGUGUGGGAAGGCGACUGGCACCGGAAAGUCUGAGACGCCUCGUGACGACGCCAUGUGCACACCCAUUCCAGCAGAGCCACUCGGCACCCCCUCGCCCGCGUUAGAAAGGUUUAGCCUCAACGUAGUCACAGUCAAGAUAGGCAACUUCACCCUCUCCUACCGCAAUUCACGCCGCGUGCUCCUCGUAGCUCUCCAGGAUUCGCUCCGCGGUCUCCGUGACGCCGGUUCGGAAUUCCGGAUGGGGGACAUGACCUGCGGACUCGAAAAGCAGAUGGCUGAAACUGAGACAAAGAUCUCCGCCAGUCUUAACGAGCGGUAG